AUGAGCGUUGUAACAGUCGAGGACCCUAACGUAAAACAUUGCCAACAGCGAAUAACAAAGUUAGAUUUGGAAAUCAGAGCCGUUGUGCAAGAUAUUCAAAGAUGUACUGGUCCCCUAGUAAAAUUGGAAGAACUCAACAAAAUAGUGGCUAAGAACUUGAGUGAAUUAAAAUCAAAAAUUCAAGAAUUAGAAAAUCUCGGGUUUGAACAAGAUAAAGAAACUUCUAAAAUUGCUGUCCUAAAAAAUGUCGAAAUUUACAGCAAGCAAACAAAUGGGAUACAAAAUUUGCUACGAAAAGCCAACUUAGCUUGCCAACUUGCCAUGGAAAAGAAGAAUACUAGUGAUCUGUUCAGCAACAAAAGUGGCAGCGAAUCAUUAUCUGAUGUGAGAAAACGCCCAGUAGUGAUCCACAAAGAUUCUGCAAUUAGCUCACAAUCGAACAUAACUCAGAGCCUAAUUAAUUUAACUCAAAUGAUGGCUGACGAAGUGAAACACUCAGAAAAAACUUUGGGUGUCUUGCUAUCAUCUUCUGAUCAAAUUAAAGAGACCCAUGAAGAAUUAAAAAAUGCUUCUGGACAUAUUCGUAAUGCCAAGAAAUUGCUGACCAAAUAUGGCCGCAGAGAAUUCACUGAUAAGCUACUCAUAAUUAUUGCAUUAAUUUUUUACUUUGCUUCCUGUUUAUAUGUCAUUAAAAAACGAUUAUGGACCAAUACUUAA